GGUGACACGGCCAGGUGUUUUCCAGCAGCAGGUGUGACAAAGGCUUUUUAAAUGACCUUGACACACUGCACGUUUGACCUUGAGGAUGUCGGUGUGGGUUCUGCUGGCCGGUCUGAGCGUCCUUUGUGAAGCGGACAACGCGACGACAACAUCGGGCGGCGCAACCCGACGACAAACCCAAAGCACGCACAACUCUGGCACUUUCUCGGGAAACUAUGAACUGGCGGGCGUGCGCUCCUUCGUGGCGCAGCGGGAAGCGGUGUCGCGCAUCGUCGGCGGUCAGGAGACGUGGGCGCACUCGUGGCCGUGGCAGGUGUCGCUCCGCUUCGUCACCGUGCCGGCGUGCGGGGGCGCCGUCCUCUCGCCGAUCUGGGUCGUCUCGGCGGCGCACUGCUUCAAAAGGUUCAACCAAGCUUCCUUCUGGACUGUUCUGGCGGGAAAACACGACCUGGACAACCCCGACGAGGAAGGACAGCAGGUGGUGGGCGUGUCGGCCAUCGUGAGCCAUCACCGCUACAACGCCGCCACCAAAGAAUUCGACGUGGCUCUGCUGCGGCUGGAGCGGCCGCUCGCCUUCGACCGCUUCGUGCGCCCCGUCCACGUGUGGGUGGCGCCGUUGCCCACCCUGAAGAAGUGCACCGUCACCGGCUGGGGGUCCACACGGGAGAAUGGGCCGCGCGUGACCCGACUGCAGGAGGUCAACGUGACUGUGAUGACCUCUGACCUCUGCCAGCGCUACUACAAGAGCAGGAUAAGGACGCACAUGUUCUGCGCGGGACAGAAAGAGGGCGGAGUCGACGCAUGUCAGGGCGACUCCGGCGGUCCGCUGUCUUGUUAUGACAGCCGGCGCUUCCGGCUCGCGGGCGUGGUGAGCUGGGGCGUGGGCUGCGGUCGCGCCAGGAAGCCCGGCGUGUACACCAGACUGCAAGAUCACGUUCCGUGGAUGGCGGACGUCGUCGGCAACCGCGACGUGGCGUACACAGACCGGCUGGCCAGAGAGGACCGGUGCGGGAAGCGGCAGAAGUCCACCUGUCAGAACCUUCCGGGCCCGGCGGGUCUCUCUGUUCCGGAGGCGGGCGAGGCGAGGGCGGAGAAUGUGACGGAGGCGUGUCCGGGGGCUUGGCCCUGGCAGGUCAGCCUCCAGGCGAACGGCGUCCAUUACUGCAGUGGGGUUCUGGUCCAUCGCCACUGGGUGCUCGCCGCGCGACACUGCGGGGUCAGAGCGGGAGAGGAUACGGCCGUCCUGGGAGGUCACGACCUCGGCUUGUCUCUGUCCCAAACUGUCCCCGUGGACCGGGUUUUGGAGCUUCCCCAGGAAGACGGCUUCCCUCCUAAAGAUGACCUCUCGCUGCUGCGCCUCGCUGUUCCCGCCAGACUCGGCGCCAGCGUGACGCCGCUUUGCGUGUCCGAGGAGGACGAGGAACUGGACAACGGCUGGAGAUGUAUCAGCGCCGGCUGGGGGGCGACGUCCGCCACGGCCGCCCUCAACUCGGAGCGCCUGCACCACGCGCGCAUCUUGCUGGUGGACCACGCGGAGUGCCGGGCCAAAUGGGGUCAGGGCCUCAUCGACGACGCCCACGUGUGCACCCAUCCCGUCGCCGGCGCCGCCUGCGCGGUAACGCCUCACCUUCGUCGGCUUUACUUUGAAAAGCAGCCGAGCUCAAUUUUGCAUCUCCUGUUCCCGCGCAGGGUGACUCCGGCGCACCGCUGUUCUGCCAGAAGCGCGGCGCCUAUUUCCUCUUCGGGUUGCUCACGUGGGGCGCUCGCCACUGUGAGCCGAACAAGCCGGCCGUCUUUACCAAAGUGUCCGAUUAUCACUCGUGGAUCAGCGAGGUGACGGAGGCGUAACGGAACCGGCGCGCAAUCUGCUUUGAGAAGAUCCAAACGAACACGUCAAACAAUAUUUUACAAUAAAAUCCUAAAGACGUUUUUCCCUUUCA